GAGGGCAUCUUCACGACAAUCGGAAAGCCUAUCACGGACGCAUGUUUGGAAGGUUAUCACUGCUGCCUACUUGCGUAUGGGCAAACUGGCGCAGGCAAGACCUUUACGAUGGAGGGACCGGAUUGGGACAGCGAAGGGGAAGGAUCCCAACGGAGCGUGGACAAUCGCGGCCUCAUUCCACGAAUCUUGCAGUACAUCUUCCAGAGACUUUCAGCUGAUAAGGAGCUGCAGAUGCUAGACUUCACUAUCCGCUGCUCCUACCUGCAGAUUUACAAUGAGCAGGUGUCGGACCUCCUCGAGCCAGACUCAGUGAACCUGAAUGUGAGGGAGGACAAGAAGCUCGGCGUGUUCGUGGAGGGUCUGCAGGAGGUGGUGGUUUCCACGGCCGACGCCACCUACGCGCUGUUCAAGCGUGGCUCGCAGAACCGGCGCGUGGGCCAGACGGCCAUGAACAUGGAGAGCAGCCGCUCCCACAGCGUCUUCACUAUUGUGGUGGAAACUGAGCGGAGGGACGAUGCAGGUGUGAUGAAGAGGAGGACCUCACGGUUCAACUUGGUGGACCUCGCUGGCUCGGAGAGGCAGAAGCACAGCGAGGCGCAGGGGGUGCGGCUGAAAGAGGCCGGGAACAUUAACAAGUCCCUCUCUGCGCUAGGAAAUGUCAUCAAUGCGCUCGUUGAAAUCGCAGAGGGGAAGGAUCGCCACGUGCCCUAUCGAGACUCCAAGCUCACAUUUCUUUUAAGUGGCUCCCUGGGUGGCAACUCCAAGUGCACCUUGCUGGCGGCUGUGAGUCCGGCGAAGCGCAACGUGCAUGAAACGAUGUCGACGCUCAAGUUUGCGCAGCGGGCGAAGCUGAUGCACAACAAGGCCGAGGUGAACGAGCUCAUUAUGGGCAACCCCGCCGUCAUGGCCGAGGAGAUCCGCCGCCUGCGCCUCGAGAUUGCCGAGCUUAGAGCCAAUGCAACAGCAGGCGCGCCCAGGCAGCCACUGCUGCCCAUUUCAGAGAACCGGCGCACCACGCGGUCCACCACGAGGGCGCAGGAGGUGGCGAGGAAGGGCAAGAGAGUCGAGGCCGCCGAGACCCUCACGGCGCAGGCGUGGUGUGAAGCGGCGGAGGCGAAGGUGGGCCAGCAGGCGGAAUCGGAGCGCACACGGGAGCUAGAGGCAUGCCGGGCAGAGCUGGCAAAGAGCGCAGCUGAGAUCGAGAAAGUAUCAGCUGAGAAGGAGAGGGUCGCAGGGGAGGCAGCGCGGCUCCAGGCAGACCUGGAAGCGACACAGAAGAUGGUGGAGAGUUUGAUGGCGGAGAAGUCGAGGGCUGUCGAAGAUGCGGCUGAGGCAGCAGCUGCAGGGAGGGAGAGAGAGAGGGUGUUAGAAGAGGCAGUGGAGGGGAUGAGGAGAAGGCAGGUGGAGCAAGAAGAGCAGUUGAGGGCUUUGGAGGAGGCACUUGAGGAAAUGCGGCAGAAGCUGGUGGAGGGGAAGGAAAAGGAGGGUGUGUUGGGUGAGCAGAAGAGAGCGUUGAGGGAGGAGCUUGAGAGGAUGAAGGGCAAGCUGGUGGAGAUGGAAACUGCUAGGAGAGAGAAGGUGCUGAAGCUGGAAGAGCAGAUGAGAGCUUUGGGGGGGCAGCAGGUGGAGCUGGAAGGGAAGGUCCAAGCGUUGGAGAAGGAAAAGGUGCUGCUGCGGGCUGCAGCAGAGCGAGGCGCAGGAGAAGCAGCACAGCUGCGGGUAGAACUGGAUGUAGCACGAAAGCAAGUGAAGGGAGUGAAGGGGGAGAGGGCGAGGGCUGAGGGACUGGCGGCAGAGGCGGCAGCUGCUGGGAGGGAGAAGGAGAGGGCGCUGGAAGUGCAGAAGAGGGCUUUGGAGGAGGUGCUAGAGGAGAUGCGGCGAAAGCAGGUGGAGAUGGAAGUUGCUGGGAAGGAGAAGGAAGGGGAGUUGGAAGAACGGAGGAGGGCGUUGGAGGAGGCGCUACAGAUCGAGCAGGUGCGUUCUGGAUCGGCGGAGGCGAAGGUGGGCAAGCUGCUGCAGCAGGUGGCGGCCUCACAGCAGGCGGAGUCGGUCCUUAAGAUGCGGGUGGCAGAGAAGGACGCUCAUAGUGCCGCCCUCGCUCGGGAUCUGCAGGCUUGCCAGGCAGAGCUGGCGAGGAGUGGUGCUGAGAAGGCGAAGGAGGCAAAGGCAGCAGCUGCAGGGAGGGAGAAGGAGAGAGCACUGGAAGAACAGAGGAGGGCGUUGGAGGAGGCCGUAGAGGAUAGGAAGGGCAAGCAGGUGGAGCUGGAGGAGAAGGUUCACGCGCUGGAGAAGGAGCAAGAGCUGCUGUGUGCUGCAGCAGAGCGAGGUGCAGAUGAAGCAGCACAGCUGCGGGCAGAACUGGAAGCGGCACGAAGGAAAGUGAAGGGAGUGAAGGAGGCGAAGGCAAGGGCUGAGGGACUGGCAGCAGAGACGCAGGAGCGGUGUGAAGCGGAGGAGGCGAAGGUCGGCGAGCUGCAGCAGCAGCUGGCGGCCUGUCAGCAGGCGGAAGCAGUGCGCACACGGGAGCUGCUGGCAUGCCGGAGAGAGCUGGCGAGGAGCGCUGCUGAGAAGGAGAGAAGUGCUGCUGAAGCAGCACGGCUGCGGGUUGAUAUGGAGGGUCUCAUGGUGGAGAAAGAGAGUGCUGUGGCAGCAGCAGCAGCAGCAGCAGCAGCAGAGGAGCAGGCGUCAGCACUAGCGGACGCUUUGGAGGCCGCAGCAGCACUCGCAGCUGCAGCGGCAGCACCAGCAGGAGAUAGCUUGGACGGCAGAAGCGGGGAGAGCAACGACGAGGAAGAGGGGCUGGUGUCGCUUUCAUCACCUCCCACUCCUCUCCCUUCACCCCACUUCUCUUCCUUCUGCUCGCUUUCAAAAUACUCCCCAUGCCUCUUCCCCUUCCACCACCCCUUACUGCAGCAGAUGUUGGGGAGGGUUUUGGUGGAUGAAAAUCGGCAGGUGGAGGCACAGUGGAAUGAGGUUGAGACUACUGAUGCUGCACCCACGGUCGCAGCAGCAUAUGGAGCAGUGCCAACUGCUGCAACCUCCGCCAUCAGCAGCAGCUGGACCAGCCGCGGUUGGUAA